AUGGCUGCUGCGCUGUUUUGCCAGGAUGACUUUUGGAAUUUCAGCGUGGGCUUGAAAGCAAUGGUGUACUUCGCAGUCCUUGAUUCCCAUCGAAGAUGCGAAGAAAUCGCACGCACCAAGCAGACUUUGCUGAAGUACACCCAGGUCUUCGACAAGCUGGCCCAGAGCAUUGACUGCGCCGCGUUUGACCUGCUCCUUGACUCGUGGCUUGCGGUUCUAGCCGCAGUGGUUGGGCUGACGCGCUCUGCGGAGGUGCGUGGCGCUGACAUCACUGAUGGUAUGCUCAGCGCUCACUUUGGAAACCCUAGCUGCGAGGCUCCAAGUCAAGUGCUGAACUGGGUAGCUUUGCUGGUCCCUGCUUUGGUUGGCUGGGCGCUUGAGGUUGACUCAGGAGCUUACUUCCAAUCCCUCCAGCGCUUGGCUGAUGCGUGCCGGGAGGCGGCCCAAGAGCUUGCAGAUGUCUCUGAUCAUAGCUGCUUGCUAGAGUACAUACUUGCAGUUCGAGCCAUGCUCACCCAAGCUCAGGAAGAUUGCAUCACGCUAGGGCGUGUGUGCGCGCCAGCCUCUCCGUAG